CUCGUCCAUGUGUCGAGCAGAGGGAAGAUGGGAGCUGACGGCCACCUGACAGAGACGAACCCCGAAACCACGAGUGACCUCUGACCCCGAGACACAAAACACGGUGUGAUGGAUGAUGAGGAUCCGUCUCCUUUGCGUCGUUUUGUUGAAGCGAAGCGUUCGAUCACCUCCAUCUUUGAUCAGCUGCUGGACUUUGUGAAGGACGGCUCUGCAUUUGUGGACGAGGCGUGGCGGGGCGACGACCUGGGCCCGGUGGCGCUGGAGGAGCAGAACCUGGACCUGCUGAGCUGCGUCUCCAAGCUGUGGACCAUCAGGGACGUUCUGCUGCGGAGACACAUGAAGGUGGCGUUCUUCGGCAGAACUAGUAACGGGAAAAGCACGGUGAUCAACGCCAUGCUGCGGGACCGGGUCCUGCCCAGCGGCAUCGGCCACACCACCAACUGCUUCCUGAGCGUGGAGGGUGCCGACGGAGACGAGGCCUACCUCCACCCAGAGGCCUCCACCGAGAGGCGGAGCCUCACUACGGUCAACCAGCUCGCUCACGCUCUCCACAUGGAUCCAACCCUAGAGUCCGGCAGCCUCGUCAAAGUGUUCUGGCCCAAGAGCUGCUGCGCCCUGCUGAGAGACGACCUGGUGCUGAUGGACAGUCCUGGGACAGACGUGACUCUGGAGUUGGACAGCUGGAUCGAUAAGUUCUGUCUGGACGCCGACGUCUUUGUGCUCGUGGGAAACGCAGAGUCGACGCUGAUGAACACGGAGAAACUUUUCUUCCACAAAGUCAGUGAGAGAAUCUCCAAACCGAACAUCUUCAUCCUGCUCAACAGAUGGGACGCAUCAGUGACCGAGCCCGAGUACAUGGAGGAGGUGAGGAAGCAGCACAUGGACCGAUGUGUGAGCUUCCUGGUGGAGGAGCUGAGGACGGUUGGUCUGGACGAGGCUCCGGGGAGGAUCUUCUUCGUCUCUGCUAAAGAAGUCCUGAGCUCCAGGAUGCAGCGAGCGCAGGGCAUGCCUGAGACAGGUGGCGCUCUGGCUGAAGGCUUCCAGGACAGACUGAGGGAGUUCCAGAGGUUUGAGAGGACGUUCGAGGAGUUCAUCUCCCAGUCUGCGGUGAAAACCAAGUUUGAGCAGCACACGGUGACGGGGCGGCAGAUCACUGAGGACGUCACGGCUGUGAUGGACGACAUCAACAUCGCCUCUGCCGACAGAAAGAUCUGCUGCCUGGAGGAGCGUGAGGAGCGACGGGACCGGCUGGACUUUGUGCGAGGACAGAUGAACCAUCUGAGGGACAACGUCAGAGACAAGAUCAAGACUCUGAGUGAGGGAGUCGCUGCCGAGGUGACCUCAGCGCUCUGGGAUCAGACCUGCUCACUUCCUGUCCUGGUGGAGGAGUUCAGGUGUGACUUCAGUCCGACACAUGAGAAUCUGCAGAUCUAUAAAACCAAGCUGCUGCAGCACGUGGAGGACCGGCUGGUCGGCUGCUUGGCUCAUCGCUGCUCCCCCGGCGUCCUCAGAGACAUCAGGGACGCCCAGAGACACAUGACCGACAGCGUCCGUCCUCUGCUGUCUCUGUCCGUCCAGGAGCAGCUCUGCGCUCCGUCCUCCUGCUUCGAGCUGACCUUUGACCUCGGCCUCGCCGUCCUCUGUGCAGAUUUUCAGGAGAACAUCGAGUUCCAGUUCUCUCUGGGUUGGACCGCCCUCGUCUCUCGCUUCAUCGGAGCCGCCAACGCCAAGCGAGCGCUGAGCGGCUGCGAGCCGCGGCCUCAGGACGCCUCCAGCUUCAAGGAUGAGAUGGUGCUGUCCAUAGCAACAGGCCUUGUCUCUGUCACCGCCCGAGCCUCCAUGACAGUCCUGGUGAUCGGUGGAGUGGUACGCUACCUUGUGUCAUGUGUGUGGCGCUCUGUGGGCUGGCGUCCUGUGGCUGUGUCUCUGUCUCUGUACGCUCUCCUGUACCUGUAUGAGAAGCUGACCUGGACGGACUCGAGCAGGGAGCGCGUCCUGAAGCAGCAGUUUGUGGCGCACGCCGCUCGCCGCCUCAGGGCCGUGAUCCCCGUCGUAAGCUCCGCCUGCAGCCGGCAAGUGUGCAAUGGUGGCGGCGCUGGGCCGGUGGAGUCAGAGAGUGGACCUGAGAGAAGCCGAGCUGGAGGGACAGGUCCGCCAGCUGAGCCUCAGGAUCCAGAGGCUGGAGAGCAUCCAGAGGAGGUCCAAGGCCUUCAGGAACAGAGCCACAGAGCUGGAGACUCAGCUGGACUCCUUCUCUGCUCGGUACCUGCAGGGAAACUGAAGAAUGACACCUGGACAAUGAUCUGCCGAUGAGCAGCGCCCCCUGCUGGUAGAGUCCGGACCGUCUGCUCAC